GAGCCAAUUCGUCACUAGCAUACCAUGGAUCCCGAGAACAAGCCCCAGGGACCUUCGCCCCACUACUCUCUCUACCAGCGCGAGGUCUUCAAACGCGGUGGCGAGACCGGAAUCCUCCCCAGCUUCUCCGUUCACCCGGAGGAGCUCCAGGAAUCGACCAAGAAGAAGCUCAACGACCGCGGCUACUUCUACGCCAACUCUAACGCGGGCCUCGGCUGGACGGACAGAGCUAACAGGGAGUCAUUCUAUAGAUGGCGCAUCGUUCCGCGUGCCUGUGUCGAUACGAACACCCGCGACCUCACCACUACCAUCUUCGGGCACAAGAUCCCAGUGCCCAUUAUGUUUGCUCCGAUUGGCAUCAACAAGCUCUACUCGCCGCUCGGCGAACUGGUCCCCGCCCGUGUGGCCGGCGAGCUGGGCAUGCCGUACUGCCUUUCUACUGCUGCGUCUCAGCCGAUCGAGGAUGUCGCCCGAGCCAACGACGAGGGCGCGUCCGUGAGGAACGAAAGCAACUCUAUCCACGAGUACGACGGCCCGAACGGCGGGGACGCGAAGAGUCCACGCUUCUUCCAGCUCUACAUGGGACACGAUGACGAGAUCACACUGUCCCUGCUGAACCGCGCCUGGAAGUCCGGGUUCGACGUCGUCAUGCUCACCACCGACACCUGGCAGCUCGGCUGGCGCCCCACCGACAUCAACAUCGCCAACUACGUGUUCUACUACCAGGGCGCAGUCGGCAACGAGGUCGGCGCCUCCGACCCCGCCUUCAUGGCGAAGCACGCACAGGAGCUCGAGAACGACUCGGGCAAGUGGAUCGACCACAGCGUCUGGCACGGCAAGGCGCACACCUGGGCCAAGGUCAAGUGGGUCGUCAACGAGUGGAAGAAGAUCUCGGGCGGACGGCCGUUCGUGCUGAAGGGCAUCCAGAGCGCGGCGGACGCGCAGCGCGCGCUCGAGGCGGGGUGCGAGGGCAUCGUCGUCACGAACCACGCCGGGCGCCAGGUCGACGGCGCCGUCGGCAGCCUCGACGUCCUCCCCGAGAUCGUCGCCGCCGUCGGAGACAAGAUGACGAUCAUCUUCGACUCGGGCAUCCGCACGGGCGCAGACGUGUUCAAGGCGCUCGCGCUGGGGGCGCACGCCGUCAUGGUCGGCCGCCUGUACGUGUGGGGCAUGGCGCACGAGGGCGUGCACGGCUGCCGGCACGUCAUCAAGAGCCUGCUCGCGGACCUCGACAUCACGAUGACCGUCGCUGGGUACCGCUCGAUUCGCGAGGACGUGUGGCGCAACAAGGAUGCGCUGCGGUUCAGUGCGAGCGGGGUCCCGCCGGGCCCGGGCGAGCAUGCGAAGCUCUGAAAGGAAGGAGGGAGGGGGUAGAUGUGGUGUUUAGAUGUUUGUUGGAUUGGUUUGUACGGAUUGUAAUACAUAACCACCGCUCUUAUACAGGAUAUUGUGACUGCUAUUGC